UGGGAGAUGGUCAAGUGUCUGAUUUGAAGCCAUUCUCGGUGAAGGAUGAAGUUGCCCUCACAAGGAAGAGGGAGAAUACUGACCAGAUGAACCUAGAAAACCUGAAGAAACAGAAAGUGAAGGAGCCAAACCAAAAAAAUCAGGGAAGAUGUGGGAAAGACCAGCAGUGCCUGAAGGAAGAAAGUACAUUCUCCAUUUCAAAAGAUAUCAGAUCUGCACAGACCACCAAGCCUGUGAAGACGCGUAACGGUGAAAAGCUUUCCAAGAAAAAAGGCCAGGUGGGAAGAGGAGAAGGAGAGCCCAGGCGGCGUGAAGUGGACGCAGCUGGAGCACAGAGGCCCAUGGUUUGCGCCCCUGUACGAGCCGCUUCCUGAGGGAGUUUGCUUCUACUAUGAUGGGAAGCCCAUGAAGUUGAGCUUAGCAGCCGAGGAGGUCGCCACGUUUUAUGGGAAAAUGCUGGAUCACGAAUAUACAACAAAAGAAGUUUUCCAAAACAACUUCUUUAGCGACUGGCGGAAGGAAAUGACAGCAGAAGAGAGGAAAGUGAUCAAGCACCUGGACAAGUGUGACUUCACGGAGAUCCACAGAUACUUUGUGGACAGGACCGCCACCCGGAAGGCCCUGUCCAAGGAGGAGAAGCAGAAGCUCAAAGAAGAGGCGGAAAAACUUCAGCAAGAGUUCGGCUACUGUAUCUUGGACGGGCACCGAGAGAAGAUCGGCAAUUUCAAGACCGAGCCCCCUGGGUUGUUCCGGGGCCGCGGCGACCACCCCAAGAUGGGGAUGCUGAAGAGGAGGGUCCUGCCGGAGGACGUGACCAUCAACUGCAGCAGGGACUCCAAAGUACCCGAGCCUCCGGUAGGUCACCGGUGGAAGGAGGUGCGGUGUGACCGCACGGUCACGUGGCUGGCGGCGUGGACGGAGAACGUGCAGAACUCCAUCAAGUACAUCAUGCUGAACCCCAGCUCCAAGCUGAAGGGGGAGAGAGACUGGGAGAAGUAUGAAGUGGCUCGGCGCUUGAAAGGGGUUGUGGGCGAGAUCCGUUCUCAGUACCGGGCCGACUGGAAGUCCCGAGAAAUGAAGGCGAGACAACGCGCUGUGGCCCUUUAUUUCAUCGACAAGCUGGCGCUGCGAGCCGGGCACGAGAAGGAGGGCGAGACGGCUGACACGGUGGGCUGCUGCUCCCUCCGCGUGGAACACAUCCAGCUGCACCCAGAGGCCGACGGCUGCCCGUACGUCGUGGAGUUCGACUUCCUGGGAAAGGACUCGAUCCGCUACUACAACAGAGUGCCGAUGGAGAAGCCGGUGUACGAGAAUCUGCAGCUGUUCAUGGAGAACAAAGGCCCUGGGGCUGAGCUCUUUGACAGACUGACCACCGCCAGUCUGAACAAGCACCUGCAGGACCUGAUGGAUGGCCUGACGGCCAAGGUGUUCCGGACCUGCAACGCCAGCCUCACCCUGCAGGGCCAGCUGAGAGCGCUGACCAGAGCUGAAGACAGCGUAGCCGCUAAGAUUCUGUCUUACAACCGAGCAAAUCGGGCCGUUGCCGUUCUCUGCAACCAUCAGCGAGCAACUCCCAAGACCUUCGAGAAGUCGAUGAAGACUCUUCGGUUGAAGAUUGAGGCGAAGGUGAAGCAGGUGGCCGAGGCCAAGGCAGAGCUGAAGAAGGCAAGGGCCGACCACAGAUCCAGAGGGGACAGCAGGUCCAAGAGCUUCCUGGAGAAGAGGGGACGGCUGCUGGAGAAACUGGAGGAGCAGCUCGGGAGACUGAGCAUGCAGGCCACAGACAAGGAGGAGAGCAAGCAGGUGGCCCUGGGCACGUCCAAGCUCAACUACCUGGACCCCCGGAUCAGUGUCGCCUGGUGUAAGAGGUUUGGGGUGCCCGUGGAGAAGAUCUACAACAAGACACAGAGGGAGAAGUUCGCCUGGGCUCUCGACACGGCAGGCGAAGACUUUGAAUUCUAAAUGAGCAUCUCUGUGCCUCGUUGGAACUUAUUUUUUUUCACCAUUAAAGCAGAU